UCCAACUCCAAAACCAAAAUAUUUCUCUCUUCUUUUUCUCUUAUAUAAAUAUCCAAUACAAAAGAACAAAAACAUUAACCAAUGGAGUCACCAAGCCUUCCGAUGACGGCAAAAGACUGGACCACCACUAGUCUCCACCGUGUAUUAUGUAUGCAAGGCGGCGAAGGUGACGUCAGCUACGUCAACAACUCCGAUUGCCAAGCUUUGGCUAUAACCUUAAGCAAACCAAUCCUUAUAUCAUCUCUUCAAUCCAUUAAACUCUUCUUCUCCUCCUCCGACGAUGAUCACACAUCUCCGAUCAUCAGAAUAGCCGACCUUGGCUGCGCCACCGGCUCCAACACUUUCUCUACUGUCGAUACGGUGGUUGAGACUUUAAGCCGGCGGUACACAGCGGUGUACGGCGGUAGAUUGCCGGAGUUUGAGGCUUUCUUCUGUGAUUUGCCUUCUAAUGACUUCAACAUGUUGUUUAGAUUGCUGACUGAGAAACAGAAAGCUGAAUCGUCCAUGUAUUUCGCCGGCGGCGUCGCUGGCUCGUUCUAUGAUCGGCUUUUUCCGAGAGGAACGAUACAUGUUGCUGUGAGCUUAAGUGCUUUACAUUGGCUCUCUCAGAUACCAGAGAAAGUAUUGGAGAAAGGAUCAAAAACGUGGAACAAAGGAAAAACGUGGAUUGAAGGAGCGAAGAAAGAAGUCAUUGAUGCAUUCGCAGAGCAAUCAGACAAAGAUUUGGAUGAUUUCUUGAAGUGUCGGAAAGAAGAAAUGGUGGAAGGAGGAGUGUUGUUUGUGUUAAUGGGUGGUCGUCCUUCAGGCUCAAGUAGUCAAUUUGGAGACCAAGAUACUCGAGCCAAACAUCCUUUCACAACUACUAUGGAACAAGCUUGGCAAGAUUUAAUAGAUGAGGGUUUGAUAGAUGAAGAGACAAGAGACGGAUUCAACAUUCCGGCGUACAUGAGAAGUCCGGAGGAAGUGGCGGCCGGAAUAAACCGUAUCGGUGGUUUCAAGAUAGAGAAAAUGGAGUACUUGAAAAUAAUUGAACAUUCGGAAGAGAAAAAAGAAGAGUGGAAGAAAGAUCCGGUUUCUUACGGAAGAGCCAGGACCAAUCUGGUUCAAGCUGCUAUUCGUCCUAUGGUCGAGGCCUAUCUUGGACCGGACUUGUGCGAAGAGCUCUUCAAAAGAUACGAGAAUCGUGUUUCUACGACCCCUGAGUUUCUCCAUAUAACUUGUUUCUAUGGAGUCGUCGUGUUUUCCGCCAUCCGAAUUUGAUUACGAUAUAUAUAUAUAUUGUUACUUACAUAUAUGUUGUUACUUACAUAUAUGUAUGACUGAAACCUAAGUGUGUUUGUAAUGUUCGUAUUUAUCUAAGCUUAAUUUGUGAGUAGUUUUUAAUAGGUGUGUUGCGUUUACUUGGUGGAGUACGUGUAUAUGAUGAACAUGUAGGGCUUGGUUGAGCAUUAUAAACCGAAACAUAUUUAUGAA